CUGGCUUGCCAAUAAUAAGAAGUCCCUGCAGAGAGGAGCUUGGCUGGUGGUGUUUUGCAAUUUCUCAGAUAACAAGAGCUUCACAUUUCUGUGGAAUUCCCAUUUGCCAGCGAGCUGCUGCUGCUGCUGCCCUGAUUGAUAUAUGACUGCAAUGGCACUUUUCCAUUUGACAUUCCCUCUCUCUCUCUCUCUCUCUUAAACAACAGCCCUAACUUUUGUGUGUUGCAAAUAUAAAAGGCAAGCCAUGUGACAGAGGGACAGAAGAACAAAAGCAUUUGGAAGUAACAGGACGUCUUUUUAGCUCUCCGAAGAUUUUGAGGGGAAGAAGGAGCAGUGCAUUUUCCAAAGAAGAGUUUACCUGGUUUGAGCCCAGUGAUAAAGUGUAGUGUAACCGCAAGGCACAGGAACGGACACUACCCUGAGAGAGCCUGACUGAAAACAAAAGCCCUGACUUCCUGCUAGGAUUCAGUGUUAAAUGUGCAGCCUCUCAGCUCCCCUGCCCUUCUCCACGUCCUGUAUCUCGGGAUGGGCUGCUGGCUGGCAGGCAGUAGGACAGCACAGCCUCGGUAGGACCAGAAGAUGUGCUCCCCUCCUGUGGACGUAAGCUAUGCAGGAGAUUCUUUGACGGAUUACAAUUUCAGCAAACUCCAACUUGAGAAGAAGAAUGGCAGCUAAGACACUUAAGCCAGACUUUUCACCAUCCUGGAAAGGAACUGGCUUCCAGUAUUUGGAGUUUUUUUAAUGCUCUGCCUCCCUCUGCUGUUAUCAGCGAGAAGUUCCUCGACAAUGGGAAAUCAUGUACUUGCGGCUUCGAUUUCCAUGCUUUCACUCCUGGCGAUGAUGGGAGAUGCAGACAGAAAAACAGACAGUUCCUUCAUGAUCGACCCUGACCCCAGCCGCUGUAUGAGGCAUCACUAUGUUGACUCCAUCAGCCACCCGCUCUACAAGUGUAGCUCGAAGAUGGUACUGCUGGCUCGCUGUGAAGGGCGCUGCAGCCAGACGUCCCGCUCAGAACCGAUGGUUUCUUUCAGCACUGUUCUGAAGCAGCCUUUCCGCUCCACUUGCCACUGCUGCAGGCCCCAGACCUCGAAGCUGAAGGCCAUGCGGUUGCGAUGCUCAGGGGGCAUGCGGCUCACUGCCACCUACCGCUACAUCCUCUCCUGCCACUGUGAGGAGUGCAACUCUUAGGGAUGUACCUACCACAGCAGAGAGGGAACUGGGAUGCUGCUGGUGGGGAAGGCUCCCAAGAAGUAAUCCAAGAUGAGGCUGAUAUUCCCAGUGUACAAUUGCAGCAAAGACAGCACUAACCAGACUGGAUUAUAUCUGAGAGCUAAAAAUGUCAUGGGGCCCUGGAUGGUACCACUACUGAAGUGUGUGUUGUGACAAAGGUGAAAGCACGAGGACUUGUUUUUAAGAAGCCUUUCUUUUUUUCUGAAAGGAUUUUUUGUGAGUUUCUUCUUUUUCAGGCUCAACUCUGACUACAGAUAGGUGCUCUUACUUCAGGCCACAGGCAGCAGAAGAAAAAGGAAGGUCAGCCGGAUGACAGCAUAAUGCUCUGGAAGUUGGCAUUCGGACAGAGGAUGAGCAUCAGUUCCCACCCACAAUCUCUUAACCUAUCAAUUCAUUCUCAGACUCAUAGUUAUAAUUGCCUUCAAAACUGUGUUGUUGGCAAGGGUUACCUGUUACUGAUCUAGCAGUCAAGCGCUGGAUAACUUUUAAGUGCAGUUUAGCAGAAAUUACAAAUAAAUAAUUGAAAAGUGAACUGGAUAUGAAAUGUCACACUGGGAUUACCCAGCCCUAACCAGCUGAAAUUAUUUGUAGUGUGCAGCAUCAGAGUUCAGUGGCUGAGGGACCCUUGAGAAGUGAAAAAUCAUGAUACUCAUUAUGCCCCACUAGAAGCCUGAAAUGUGACAUGUCACAUAUGUCACAAAAGCUAUUAUUCAAUGCUAAAAACUAAUCAAAGAUUAAAAUAACAUGUACUAAA